AUGGCCAGACUGACAGACGUCUUAGGACAGGGCUUGUCACACAGCUUCUACCCAGUGCCACAAGAAGCCACUGGAGUGGGCAGUGCCUUUGAAGGCUGGAGUCUCCAUGCAGAAGACGUUGUGGACCAGGUGCUUGUACCUCUGAGUCCCCCUCCAGGACAUGCCUUCCACCUGGAGUUGGACACUGCAGGCAUGGCCCAGAGGAACUUCUGGGUGCGUGUGGAGCUGCUGUGCACCUGCAUCAGUGGGCAGCUGAGGGAGGACAUGCUGGGUUUCCUCCACUACCCUGAGCAGGAGCCGAGAAGGGAACAGGAGCCCAGCCUCCUGCACACCCUGUGCACCGGCUCCUAUCUGGAUGUGGAAAAAACUGCCCAGUGGUUCUGUCACUUUGUGAGGUUAGCCUGGACGCUGUUGCCUCAGUCCUGCCACUGGCGUUUAACGCUGCUGCCCUCCAGGCACUCCUGUCGAGUUCAGCUCAGCAAAGAGAAGGAAAGCCUCAUGGCUGAUAUGAUCUUUGGGGUGCAGAGAGGAGACUCUGACAUCUUUGUGGGCAGCCAGCCAUUAGCAGUAGGCACGGCAAGCACCACGUGGGUUGAGAACUUGGCCGUGGCAGAGGCCAAAUUCUUCAGGCACAUUUCCAGGCGGGCCCCCCAGGACAGCUGCCACUGCAAGUGCCUGCAGCUGCUCAGCCACAGCCUGCUGGCUGUAGUUUUGUCCAGCUACACCUUGAAGACUGUGCUGAUGCACCUGCUGAGCACCAUGCCCCUGGCAUGCUGGCACAGCAGGGAUUUCCUGUGGUAGAUGAUGGACAUCGUGGAGUACCUGCUCUGCUCGCUGCAGGCAAAACAACUGCACCACUUUGUCAUAGGCAAUGAGAGGCUUCCUGGGGAGAUCAGUUUGCCCUCAAACUUGUGGCUGGCUGAGCCUCCCAACCUCUUCCAGCAGCUGGCGAGCGAUCCCGCUGCCCACGGGAAGGCUGUGCAGGAGUGCAUUCACCUGCUGCAUGGGCUCCAGCAGCUGCUGCUCUGCAGCCACUGA